GAAUAUUAAUAUAAAAACACUGUUUGUAUUGAUUUUGACAGACAGUGACUAUCACUGAAACAUCGGUUGACCGCCGAUGGACACGACCGCAGACGACAAAGACUUGGACUCAUUGAAGACCGCCGUUUUACAAGCGCUUGAAAGUGACGGUUGUUUGCGUGAAAUUGGCGCCCAAUUGACAGCUCAUGUGAUGAGAGUUUGCGACCAAACAUAUGAUAAUAACAAACCAUAUAAACCAAAGACAACCAACACUUCCACUCAAGACAUUAUUGUCCAACAAUUGAUUGCAGACUAUUUGAUUGCUAACGGAUUAAAGUCAACAUUAAGUGUAUUUAAUACCGAGAUUGGUCACCAAAACGAUAUCACUGUUGAUAGAGAUUCACUCCAGAAGAAGUUAUCGGUAAAGACAUCACAAAAAGAUAAACAAAUACCACUAUUGACAUCAAUUGUUAAACAACUUCAGCGCAAAUAAAGUCAUUAGUUUUUUGUCGUAAUUAAUAAUUGAUAACAAUUUCAAUUGAUUUAUACUGUAAUUACUAUUUGAAUAUUUUGGUCAUAAAAAUGUUAAACAAGAUAUUAUUGAACACUUCCCGACUUUUUCGGCUCAAAUCAAUCACAAGUACUAUAACUGUGCGAAACAUUUGUCUAACAAAUUCAUUGAAAGAUAUCUUCAAAAUUCAAGACGAGAAUGACUUUAAAGAGAAAGUAGUGAACAAUAAAAAUCCAGUUAUUGUUGAGUUUUAUGCGACGUGGUGUGGUCCGUGUAAAUUACUCAAACCUAGAUUGGAGACAAUUGUCGGCGGAAAGGGAGGUAAACUAGAUCUGGCAUUAGUAGAUGUCGACGAACACGAGAGUCUGGCCAUGCAAUACAAAGUCGGCUCUGUACCCACUGUUGUGGCCAUAAAUGGCGGAAAACUUGUCGACCAAUUUAUUGGCCUCAAAGAUGAAGACCAAUUGAAUGCAUUUGUCGGCAAAUUAUUAAAAGAAUGAAUUUAUAUUGAAUUUGAUUUGUAGUUAAUUAUCGUAACAAA